AUGAGCACUGGACUUCCCGAGCAUCUAGUGAAACAAAGUGAUUCGGAGACAACCUCCGCCGAAUAUCUCAAGCGAGAUAGUCUUGUUGAGUCUAAUUCAGACUGGUCUGAAGAGGAGGUUACAAGCAGGCCUGGCCUUCCACUUGCUUCCUUGGCUACGGGUCUCUGCUACGACGUACGCAUGCGCUACCAUUGUGAAGUCCAGCCUGCAAAUGAUGUCCACCCAGAGGACCCUCGUCGGAUCUAUUACAUCUACAAAGAACUCUGCAAGUCCGGUCUGGUCGAUGACCCCGAUUCUUGUCGUCCUUUGGCUGCUAUUCCUCUGCAGCGCAUUGCUGCUCGCGAGGCUACCGAGGAGGAGAUCGUCAGCAUUCAUUCCGCCGAUCACUUUGCCUUUGUGCGAUCUACUCAGGAUAUGGACCAGGCCGAGCUUCUAGACCUGGAACGAACCCGAGACUCUAUCUACUUCAACAAUCUAACCUUCCAGGCAGCAAUUUUAUCCGCAGGGGGUGCGAUUGAGACCUGUCUGGCAGUUGCGCAGCGAAAAGUAAAGAACGCGAUUGCAGUCAUUCGUCCGCCCGGUCAUCACGCAGAGCACGACACAGCCAUGGGCUUCUGCCUCUUUAACAAUGUGCCGAUUGCGGCCAAAGUCUGUCAGAAAAGGCUCGGCGACCAAUGUCGAAAAAUCAUGAUUUUGGAUUGGGAUGUUCACCAUGGAAAUGGUGUCCAGAAGGCAUUUUACGAUGAUCCCAACGUGCUUUACGUUUCGAUCCAUGUCCAUCAGGGUGGAAAAUUCUAUCCUGGUGGCCCCGAGGGAGACUGGGAUCAUUGUGGUGUGGGGGCCGGUGAAGGAAGAAACAUCAACAUUCCUUGGCCCGACCAGGGAAUGGGCGAUGGCGACUACAUGUUUGCCUUCCAGCAGGUUGUGAUGCCGAUUGCCCAGGAGUUCGACCCGGACUUGGUGAUCAUCUCUGCUGGCUUUGAUGCUGCUGCUGGCGACGUGCUGGGUGGCUGCUUCGUCUCGCCUGCCUGCUAUGGCCAGAUGACCCAUAUGUUGAUGAAUCUCGCCAACGGAAAGUUGGCCGUUUGUCUGGAGGGAGGAUACAACUUCCGAUCUAUCUCAAAGUCCGCAUUGGCUGUGACUAGAGUUCUGAUGGGCGAACCGCCAGAUCGCCUAACCGGGACUCAACCCUCUGAAAGCGCGAUCAAAACUGUUAGGCAGGUUAUGUCGAUUCAAGCGCCUUAUUGGCGUUGCAUGUUCCCUAAGCCAACUAAACAUGCGGCAUGGGGAGACCGUCUUCACGAUAUCCUCCGGAGCUAUCAAUCCAACAAGUUUUAUGAAAGCUUCAAAAUGACUCCACUUUACAUCUACCGAACCGCCAUCUCGCAAUCAUUCAAAAAUCAGGUUAUCGCAAGUCCCAAUUACCACCAUGCAGUACCACUCGUUGUGAUUUUCCACGAUCCACCCGAGAUCAUGGGACAGGUUCAUCCCAUCACUAACAAACUUGAUGCACACAAUGUCUGGGUGGCCGAUGUCCAAAAGGAUUAUGUGAAAUGGAUUUUGGACAAAGGGUACGCCGUGAUCGACGUCAAUAUUCCUAAACACAUCACCCGAGAACCGGCGACCGGCAGAUACGAGGAUGAAGAUGAGAACCGACCUACAGCCACCGAGGAGUUGGCAAGCUACCUGUGGGACAACUACAUCCAGCCACACUCCAUCGAUGAGCGUGAAAUCCGGGAAAUUAUCUUCCUUGGCAUCGGCAAUGCAUUCUACGGCGUCGCCAACUUGUUGAUCAAUCGAGAAAAUCUCUACAAGAAAGUCAGCGGCAUUGUUUCUUUUGUAGCGGAGAACCCCGUCCGGGCGGUUGCCUCACCAACUCAGGUGUGGCUAUCAAAAUGGUAUCGAGAGAACUCCCUAGUGUUCGUUUCACCCUCACACGGUGUUUGGGGCAACUCAGACCGCAAACCAUCCAAGCGCUACGGCACGCUUCGCAAAUCCAACAGCUCACAUCUAAGCGAGAUGCUUUCGGAUCACAAGGAGGAGGUGUUCAAGUUCAUCAUGGACCGAACGGAGCAGACAGAUGACGAAGAGACAGAAGAUGAAAAGGAAGAUCAAGGGGAGGGAGAGCAGAUGAAGGAAUAA